CAGGAUCGCGUCUUUCCGCCCCUUCUCCUCUCACAGUGUUUGCGCCUACCGCAGCUGCAGCAGAUUCAAUGAGGAGCGUCGGCGGGCUGCUGGCCACGCUGCGCUGCUUUAGCCCAGAAUGCCAGGGAUGUACAGCCAGGAUGCAUCAGUAUUCCUCAGCUCCUCGUAAGGCGGAUUACUUGAACCUCGCCUUCUCCCUUCGCGGCAGCUCCCGGGGCCUUGAGGAACACCUCCUCUCCGCCUUGAUGGUAUCUGGAGAGCGACGCACCGGCGACUGGCAGCGCAGCUCUGCGGGCUUCUGAUUAGGACCUUGAGGUGGGGUAAAGGCGGGGAAGGAGGGAGGCGGUCAAGAUGGCAGCUGUGCACGGUGUGAUGGAGCUGUGAUGUGGGAGGCUCGUUUGCUUUUGCCACUCGGGACUGGAGAGCGGGACGCGCGUAAGGGAACGCCGUUUGGAUUGCCGUGAGACUCCGCUGCCCCUAUCGCUUCUUUCUCUCCCAAUUUUAGCGCACGCUGGUCGGGGUGUGGGCUGUGCGCCACGAAAAGAAAAGGCGAUGUUCUGUUAACGCUGGUCAGCGCAGUUGGCGCUGUGAGCUGCGGAUCGACGCUGGUAGACAAGCGGGACACGUGUUGGGACUGAGCUGCGGGGGUUGGAGAGGGGAGGGGAGGGGGACAGAUUUGCAUACCGCGUUGCAUAGUAAAUAAACUCCCCAAAGAAGUCUGCACUCAACAUUGAUGGAAUGCGAGCCGAGUGAUUUUGCCAUCUCCUCUGCAUCAACCGAGAAAUUGCAAUUAACAUGGCCGAGGCGCCGCUCAGCUGCGACGAGCCUCCCCCGAACGUUGAGAUCGACCCGGACUUCGAGCCCCAGAAGCGGCCGCGGUCCUGCACUUGGCCGCUGCCCCGGCCGGAGUCCGUCGCGGGCAAGCCCGGGGCGAAUGACGCUGACGUAAUCCCCGAAGAGGAGGAUGACGAGGGUGGGAGCGCAGAGAACGGCUCCGUGCAGAAAAACGGCGACUCUGUGAAUGAGCCGAGCGGCGGCGGCCGCGGCUCCGUCUCCCAGCCCGUGGAGCUCCAGGGCGGCCCCCGCAAAGACGAGGCCGCCGACGGAUCCCCUUCCUCCGCACAGAUCCCCGGUGCGGCUCUCUGCGGCUCUGCCUCCCAGCAGCUGAGGAAGUCCUCCGCCCGCAGAAACGCCUGGGGCAACUACUCCUAUGCAGACCUCAUUACCCAGGCCAUCGAGAGCUCGCCGGAGAAGAGGCUGACCUUGUCCCAGAUCUACGACUGGAUGGUGAGGUCUGUGCCAUAUUUCAAGGACAGAGGGGACAGCAACAGCUCCGCUGGCUGGAAGAAUUCCAUUCGACACAAUCUCUCCCUCCACAGCCGGUUUGUGAAAGUCCAGAAUGAAGGGACAGGGAAGAGCUCUUGGUGGAUAGUCAACCCGGAAGGCGGUAAAGGAGGCAAAGCUCCCCGUCGCCGGGCCGUGUCGAUGGAUAACGGCAAGUACAUCAAGGGAGCCCGAGGACGGGCCACCAAGAAGAAAGCCUCUCUGCAAGCUGCGCAGGACGGCAGCUCUGAGAGCUCCUCCAGCCUCUCCAAAUGGACAGGGAGUCCAACGUCCCGCAGCAGCGACGAGCUGGACGCCUGGACAGACUUCCGCUCCCGGACCAACUCCAAUGCCAGCACGCUCAGCGGCCGCUUGUCCCCAAUCCUGGCCAACCUAGAGCUGGACGAGGUCCCCGACGAUGACUCCCCUCUGUCCCCCAUGCUGUACUCCAGCCCCAGCAGCAUGUCCCCGUCCACAGGACCCACGGGACUCCCUGACCUGGCUGGUACGAUGAACCUGAAUGAUGGGCUGUCGGACAACUUGAUGGACAACCUUUUGGACAACAUCAGCCUCACUGCAACCCAGCAGCCUCCUCCUGGAGAGGAAGAUCCCGGAGCCAUCAGCCAGGGAGGCUCUGUGUUUACCUUCAGCUGCACCGGCAGUCCUUCUGGAGGCUACGGGUCAAACCCUCUCUUCAGUCCCACGUCCAUCACAAGCCUGCGGCAGUCACCUAUGCAGACCAUCCAGGAGAACAAGCAGACCACCUUCACUUCCAUCUCGCACUUUAGUGAUCACCAGGACCUGCUGAGCCUGGACUCCCCCAGCCACAACAACGUCCUGCUCACCCAGUCUGACCCCCUGAUGUCGCAGGCCAGCACCGCCAUUGCCCUGCAGAACUCUCGCCGAAACGCUAUGCUGCUCCGCAAGGACCCCAUGAUGGCUAAUCUCAGCGGAGUGGGCCAAAGCGCUUCAGUGCCUGGUUGGCAAGCUGGCUUGCCGACCCCCGACAACGAUGGAGGCGGCCACGCCAACAGCAAGCCGCCACACCUGAAGUCUCCCGGCAAGAACGCCACGAUGCAGGACCGCUUCCCCGGUGAUCUGGACCUGGACGUGUUCAACGACAGUCUGGAGUACGACAUGGACUCAAUCAUCCGCAACGAACUGAUGGAAGCGGACUGCCUGGAUCUGAGCUUCGACGUCCGCCUUGACUCCACCUCCACCCAGAACGGCAACAGAAACUCGGGAAGUUUCUCCGGCGCAAAACAGACCUCCCCUCAGAACUGGGUGCCGAGCUGAGGAGCAGCACCUCAAAGUGUAAAUUUGGGUUCACUGUUCUGCAUUGAGCACCUAGCGGGGAAAAAGUGUAUUUAUGUAAUAUUUUCUUCCAAUGUUUUUAAUGUGAGGCAUUUAGUGCGGUACUGUAUUUCAAGUGUCUGAGACACACAUAGCGGUAUGACGGCGUACUACGGCCAUUGUGGAUAGGGGUAAAAAAGAAGUAAAUUUCUGCCAAAUUGAGAUUAAUUUCAAAAUUUAAG